UAUAAACUCUUUGUUUUAAUCUGAUUGUGAAACAGGGUUGAUUUGGGUUUUGAUUUUGUCAAAAACCAACGUUGAUUGGCGUUUUUCAACUCGCAAUUCAACGUUGGAUCACAAUCAAAUUCAAAAACAAUUUUUACCAAAAAAAACAAAAAUAAAAAACAAUAACUUGAUCAGUUUCUGUAGAGUUGAUUCAUUAUAAUGGCCCCAACAGGUUGCAGCUGCUUCCCAGUGACACUUGAGCGAUCCAAAAAGGGUAGCUUCAAGUUUGUUAGGAGUUCCUCCUCUGUUGCUGGUUCAUUUAAAUCAUUUUCUUUUAAGAAAAGGAGCACCCAAGAGAAACAAGCACUGAUUGUUUGCUUUGGGGAGAUGUUGAUCGAUUUCGUCCCAAUUACUGCUGGAGUUUCUCUUGCAGAUGCAGAAGGUUUCAAAAAAGCUGCUGGUGGAGCUCCUGCUAAUGUUGCAGUUGGAAUAUCAAGAUUAGGAGGCUCAGCAGCAUUUAUGGGCAAGGUUGGUAAAGAUGAAUUUGGAUACAUGUUGGCUGAUAUUCUGAAAGAAAACAAUGUGGACAAUUCCGGCAUGCGUUUUGACCCAAAUGCAAGGACUGCAUUGGCAUUUGUUACACUCAGAAAUGACGGGGAACGCGAAUUCAUGUUCUACCGCAACCCAAGUGCUGAUAAGCUUCUUCAUGAGAAAGAACUUGACGCGAAUCUAAUAAAAAAGGCUGGUAUUUUUCACUAUGGAUCGAUUAGUUUGAUCGAGGAACCAUGCAGAUCAGCUCAUCUUGCUGCAAUGGACAUUGCCAAAAAGGCUGGUUGUAUCCUCUCUUAUGAUCCAAACUUGAGAUUGCCACUGUGGCCAUCUGCAGAGGCUGCUCAGCAAGGCAUUAUGAGCAUAUGGAACCAAGCUGACAUUAUUAAGAUAAGUGAGGAAGAAAUUGAGUUCUUGACUGGAGGUGAUGAUCCUUAUGAUGAUGAUAUGGUCAUGAAAAAACUUUAUCACCCCAAUCUGAAGCUUCUGAUAGUAACUGAAGGGGCAGCAGGCUGCAGAUACUAUACAAAGGAAUUUAAGGGUAAGGUUGAAGGCAUCAAAGCUGAUGCUGUUGACACUACUGGUGCCGGUGAUUCGUUUGUCGGUGCCAUACUCAACAGCUGGGGUUCAGACCUAAAUCUGUACAAGGAUGAAAAAAGGUUGAGAGAAGCUCUCUUGUUUGCCAAUGCAUGUGGGGCUCUCACGGUGCAAAAGAAAGGAGCUAUACCAGCAAUGCCCACAAAAGAAGCUGUCGACCAAUUUCUUCACCAAACCACUGCUUGAGAGGAUCAUAUAGGACAACCAUUAGAUCAUAAACUUAUAUUCUUACAGAAAAAAGGGGGAAAACAAAAAAUGAAAAAAGCAGGAAAAAAAAAGAUUUAUUCUUUUAAAAUAAAUUGGUUUCCAUGCUAAGGAAACCAGGUUUGAGGGAUGAUUGUGCUUGGAGGUGGACUCUGAUGCUAAGCUUCUGGUGGUGCUGCACAUAAUGUUGAAGCUAUCAUUCAUGAUAUCAAAUAGUUGGGGUGUGUCAUUUUUUAUGAACAUUAUUAGGAGGGCAGUUUGGGCAGGUAAUAGGGUGGCCCAUGAGUUUUUUUUUUUGGGGUGAAUCGAGUCUAGGGUAUACCCUUCGCGCCCCCACCCUAUCUCAUGCCAUGGGUGACUCAUGAGUUUUUGGCUUUACAUGCCUCUGCUAGUACUAAUUGGCUUGAAUCUCCCCCAAUAUCUUUUACAUGGAUGUGGCAAGCUGCAAUCUGUUCUCUUAUAUAAAUUCUUUCCAUCUUUUUUAAUCAUUUAAAA